CUCUGCUCUGCUUGGCCCAGCCCAGCCCGCCCCGUCCCGUCCCGUUAGGCCUCGGCUACGUUCGGCGCGCUAGGGCCCGGCUCAGCUCUGCGCGGCUCGGAUAAGAUCGUCCCAGCCCGUCGGGCCUUGGCACGGCUCGGCUCGGCACGGCUCGGACCUGUAGCAGCAUACCUGGAGUCCAUCAUGUUUUCCAAGCUGACCCGCUCCCAGAGCAUUGCUGUUUUCUGUCGAAGUGUUCACUCUUCGCUGAGUUCUGCUGCCUCGGUUGCUACUAAAAAAACCGUUCAGGGGCCUCCAUCCUCUGAUUAUGUGUUUGAGCGUGAGGCGAAGUAUGGUGCCCACAACUACCACCCACUGCCUGUUGCCCUGGAAAGAGGAAAAGGUGUUUAUGUGUGGGAUGUCGAAGGCAGAAAGUACUUUGACUUUCUGAGCGCUUAUAGUGCUGUGAAUCAAGGCCACUGUCACCCAAAGAUCGUGAACGCUCUGAAAGCUCAGUCUGAAAAACUGACCCUGACAUCCAGAGCAUUCUACAAUGAUGUACUUGGGGAGUAUGAGGAGUAUGUCACCAAAAUGUUUAAUUACAACAAAGUUCUUCCCAUGAACACAGGAGUGGAAGCUGGAGAAACUGCCUGUAAAUUGGCUCGGAAGUGGGCAUACACUGUGAAAGGGAUUCCGAAAUACAAAGCAAAAAUUAUCUUUGCAGCUGGCAACUUCUGGGGCAGAACCAUGUCUGCAAUCUCUAGUUCUACUGACCCGUCCAGCUAUGAUGGAUUUGGACCCUUUAUGCCGGGUUUUGAAGUGAUCCCAUACAAUGACCUACCAGCACUUGAGCGGGCCCUGCAGGAUCCCAACGUAGCGGCUUUCAUGGUUGAACCAAUUCAAGGUGAAGCAGGCGUGGUUGUUCCUGACAAAGGUUAUCUUACUGGAGUGCGGGAGCUGUGCACAAAACACAACGUUCUGUUCAUUGCUGACGAAAUACAGACUGGUUUGGCCAGGACAGGGAAAAUGCUAGCAGUUGACCAUGAAAAUGUGAGACCUGAUGUAAUCCUUCUUGGAAAAGCUCUUUCUGGUGGAUUAUAUCCUGUCUCGGCAGUGCUGUGUGACGAUGAAGUGAUGCUGACCAUUAAGCCUGGUGAACACGGAUCUACGUAUGGAGGAAAUCCAUUAGCUUGCCGUGUCGCAAUGGCAGCGCUGGAGGUGAUUGAAGAGGAAGACUUGGCUAAAAAUGCAGAAAUCAUGGGUAACAUCCUAAGAAAUGAGCUCAUGAAGACACCAUCUGAUAUUGUAACCUCUGUGAGAGGAAGAGGGCUGCUAAACGCUAUUGUCAUUCGGGAAACCAAAGACUACGAUGCCUGGAAGGUGUGUUUGCGACUUCGGGAUAAUGGACUUCUUGCUAAGCCCACACAUGGUGAUAUCAUCCGGCUGGCACCGCCGCUGGUGAUUAAGGAGGAUGAAAUCAGAGAGUGCAUCGAAAUAAUUCAUAAGACCAUUCUGUCUUUCUGAACACAUGGCUUUUAAAGCGUAUCUGCUGAGUGACCCGAGGUGGUGGGCUGAAAUAGGCGCGAUGAAGGCCUGCUCUUGAAGCUAGCAUCUCUCAUUCCUUUUAUCUAAGAAGGCUUAACUCUUAAAACAUAGCUAUGUCUUUAUUUUCUUCAGAGCCAUUAUAACAUAAAGAAUGAUUUUAAAGAGUUUCCAAUCUUGGAAUGCUUGGAAAUAAAGUGGUGAGGUUCUGUUCA